AUGGCCGGAAUUGUCAACAAGGAGUUUCCUGAGUUGGCCCAGACAUGGCUGAACUACCUGUCAUGGUCCUCGGACUGCGAGAUCUUUCUCCAGGGCAAAACCCUCCUGAGGGCGAUCGGUAAGGGGGCCCAGCUGGCCGUCACUGAUCCCAAGUUCGAAACUGAGAAUGCGCAGGCUCUGCACUUUCUCCGUCAUCACCUGUCACCUACUCUGAAAGAUGAGUAUAUGGCUGAGCGCAGUGCUUCUGGCCUUUGGACCGCUCUUAAGCAGCGGUUUGAGCGGCUGAAGUACGCUGUGAAGCCACGUGCAGAGGCAGAGUGGAUCCGUCUGAGGUUUGCGGACUUCAAGACGAUUGAGAAAACCCUAUCCACUUUCCACCCCGACGCGGUCCAGUCCUCACGGAACUACCGCCAGGGGAACUACACGAGGUAUUCAGAGUUGAUUGACGUCCUGCAGGUGGCGGAGGCGCAGGACGAGGUUCUCAAAAAGAACUUUGUCGCGCAACCACUUGGGGGGAGUUCUCGCCAGGAGGUGAACGCUCUCAAAGUCCGCAAGCCUCAACAGAAGAAGAGGGGCCGGAAGGGCAAGAAGAAGGGCCCUCACCCCCCCGCCCCGGCUAAGCAGAACAAGCCGGGCAAGGGAGGGCAAAGGCCUCAGGACUGCUUCCGUUGUGGCUCGGUGGAGCAUUUCUCCCGCCAGUGCCGCGCACCACAGGAGGUCGUUGAUGCAUAUAAGGCUCGGAAGGCGCGUGAGACGCACCUCGCCUUGGUUCAGGAGGGAGCUCCACCGGCGCCCAUGGCGGCACCCGUGAUGAUCGCUACUCCCCCUGCUGCGCCCAUAGAGGCGACCCCCGUGGUGCCCAUCGCGGCAGCUUUGGCGGUCUCUACCGACGCCCACGUCGCCAUGGAGGUUGACCACAUGGCCGCCUCGGCGGCGCCGCCACUAGACAUUGAUGCUGCCUCCAAGAUGAUUUCUAAGGAGGAUCAACUCACUAGUAUGGAGAUUGCGGCGGAAGUGAAUGGCUUCUUCACCGAGUCCACUUAG